UUCCUAAGAGGCUUACUGCGUCCCCUCUGUCCCUCGCUGAUCCGUCACUGGAACGACUCACUUCUACCGGGACAGGUACCUGCUGGGUGACGGGAAACGGUCUCUUCUGUGUAGGCGUGUCGCUGAUCCUCUGCAGCCAUGUGUGACCAGACGUUCAUGGCGGCCACCUUCGGCCCAUGUGACAACUGCAGCAAGGCCAGUCCGCUGAUGAACAUCUACAUCAAGACCGAGGCCAUCAACUACUGCUCCUUCUGCGUGGAAAUGAUGGCGUGCCAGGGGCUCCAGAAAGGGGAGACCCUGGCAUCACUGAAGAAAGAGAGCGAGAACCUGAAGAAGAAGCUGGAGGAGGAGCGCGGCAAGCUGAACGAUGUGGAGCUGCAUCAGGUGGCUGAGAAGGUGGAGGCGGUGGCCGCUCUGUCCUUGAAGACCAGGCGUGUCCUGAAAGGCCAUGGCAACAAGGUUCUGUGUAUGGACUGGUGUAAGGACAAACGUCGCCUGGUCAGCUCUGCACAGGACGGAAAAGUGAUUGUCUGGGAUGCGUUUACUCUUAAUAAGGAGCAUGGGAUAACCCUGCCGUGCACAUGGGUGAUGGCAUGUGCAUACGCUCCCUCCGGUUGUGCUGUGGCAUGUGGGGGCCUGGAUAACAAAUGCUCUGUGGUCCCGCUGUCGCUGGACAGAAACGAGAACCUGGCAGCAAAGAAGAAGUCGGUCGCCAUGCACACCAACUAUGUAUCAGGAUGCUCCUUCACCAACUCGGACAUGCAGCUGCUGACCUCCAGCGGGGAUGGAACAUGUGCAUUGUGGGACGUGGAGAGUGGGCAGCUGCUGCAGAGUUUCCACGGUCACACGGCGGACGUCUUGUCGCUGGACCUCGCUCCGUCCGAGACCGGAAACACGUUUGUGUCCGGGGGCUGCGAUAUGAAGGCCAACGUGUGGGACAUGCGCUCGGGACAGAACAUUCAGUCUUUUGAAAGCCACGAGUCGGAUAUCAACUGUGUGAAGUACUACCCCAGCGGAGACGCGUUUGCUUCUGCGUCAGACGACGCCACGUGCCGUUUCUAUGACCUGCGGGCGGACCGCGAAGUCGCCGUCUACCAGAAGGACAGCAUCAUAUUUGGCGCCUCCUCUGUGGACUUCUCUCUGAGUGGCCGUCUGCUGUUCUCUGGGUACAACGACUACACCAUAAACAUCUGGGACGUUUUGAAGGGGACUCGCGUCUCCAUCCUGUUUGGCCACGAAAACCGCAUCAGCAGAGUCCGAGUGUCGCCUGAUGGCACGGCGCUCUGCUCAGCCUCCUGGGACAACAGCCUACGGAUUUGGGCCUAGCGUCGUCUCAGCGGUUCAGUCCAAGUAAACAACACGAAGAUUAUCGCUCCUGCCGGAUACCAGUCCCUCUUUCUCGAGCCAAAACUUCGGCUUCACUCUGAAGUUCGACCGCUUCCAAAUGUGAUGAUGCAUCAGUUCCUUGUUAGCGCGCAAAUUUAAACAGCUUGUUAGCGACACAUCUGAACGCUGCGCCUGGUAAAUGGACUUGGACCCCUUGAAUAUUUUCAGAUUUUGUCAAGUUACAGUCACGGCUUUUCCAUGAAUUAUAUUGCACUUUUAGGCGAAGGGCCAGUUUUUCUGAUUGAAAAAAAAAGACCUUAGGAUGCCACCAUGUUUCAGACUUUUCACCAAACCACGUCUCCCUUUUCUUUCUAUACUUACUUUAGUUAAAUACAUUCAGGUUUGUGAUCGUAAUGUGACAAAUGUCUAACUAACUAAUCUGUUGGCCUACUGGUAAUAAAAUUUACCAUAGAAAUCAUAUUGACCAACAAAAAUAAAAACAAUGGAAAAAGCAUAUUUCUGCAAUGAACAGAUAAAAGUAGUACUAAUAACUGUGUAAGAACAAUAUAUUGGUCAUUAUUGUCAUCAUUUAACUUUCUUUAUUUGGCUUGUGAACUGCAGUCAGAUUCAUUUUAGUGGGUUUGUAAGCGCAGCUAUAAUAUAACGGCACCUUAUGGAAUAAAGUUAGUUACCAGUACUAUUAUGAUUUUAUUUAAAGGCGUAUUAACUAUUUUGAUCACUUAUUUUCCCAUAAAAAAAUAGAAACAGUUGUGGAGUCUUCGUUCCUUCCUUUUUUUUAUUAUAACCAAACAACGACAGCAUUUCACUAGUGACAAAAAAAACUAUGCACAAAAUUCAAUCCCUACCAAAAAUGACAGGUGGUUAUAAUUAUCCAAAGACAUGGUGAGUCGCAUUAAAAUCUAGACCUGCACUGUCAGGUCAAUCUGAGAGCGCAGAGAAAUUAAUUUCCAAACCAGGGCACACAUCUGUUCCCUCGGCAAAGUUUCACCUGAAAACCUAGGACAGAAAUUCGUUGUGUCAACACAAAUGGCAGCCAUGGGAAGGGAAUCCAGGUCACCCUGGAUGACUGGCAACCAGUUAAUAGCAGAAGAUUUACUCUCUCUACAUCACGCCAUGUUGUUUUCUCACCAAAUAAAUCUGGUCACCAUGA